AUGAUGAUGAGGAAGCAAAAACAAGUAGAGAAGAAAACAAACACUUUCCUACUUCAAAAAUCAGCAACAAAAGAAUACCAAAUAACAGCUCCAAAUGAUGAUCAAUAUCAUUCCAAAGUAACAUCUAUAGUCACAAAAAAAUCACCUCCUCGAGUUGAAUUUCCUACCUCUCCACAACUCAUAUUUGGAGAAGAAAUAAUUCAUUUUAGUCAUCCACAGCAUCCUCUCUCCAUGGUGGACCUUCCUGAUCUCUUCAUUUGUGUAGGCUGUAAAGAAUAUGGCUCUGGAAAGAGAUUUGUUUGUCAACAAUGUGAUUAUCAACUUCAUGAGUUUUGUGCUUUGGCUCCUCCUGCUCUUCAAGCUCAUCCUUUCCAUUCUCAACAUGCUAUUUUGUUCCAUUCCAAACCAGUGAAAAGUGGAAUGACAAAAUCAAAAUGCGACGUUUGUGGCAAACCAACAAAAGGCUAUACAUUCCUAUGCACAGCAUGUGCUUUCCAAAUGCAUCCAUGUUGUGCCAUGCUCAACACAGAAAUUGACUUCCCAAAUCAUCCCCACACUCUCAAACUCACACCUUCAUCCACCACCACUUCCACCACCGCGACAAACACCGAUCAUUUCAACUCGAUCGUUUGCAACGAGUGCAAGAAACGACGAUCGGGUAAAGUGUAUCGGUGCACGGUGUGUAACUACAAUCUUCAUGCAUUUUGUGCCAAGAGUAAAGUGAAUGGUCUUCAAGCUAAUGGCAUUAGGGUUCCUGAAAAACCUAGUGUUCUUUCUGCUGCAGCUAAAGUUGCUUCUCAAGUUGUGAUUGAGUUUAUUGGAGGGUUUGUUGAAGGUCUUGGUGAAAAUUUGGGUGAAGUUCUUGUUCAAAAUAUUACCAAAGGAGGAAGUGGAACUCUCACUAGUGCUAAUAAUACUAUUACAAAACCUCGCAAAUAA